AUGUCGCUCGACCCCUCAGCCAUCCCCCCUUCGGGUGGUAUAUCGAUCUGUGUGGUGGGUGCCACAGGUGCUGUUGGUAAAUGCAUGAUACAAUGCUUAGCUGAUGUGCACAUACCUGUCAAAAGGCUGGCCUUGUAUGCCUCUAAGAGGAGUGCCGGGACUACUAUCACCACAUCAUGGGGCGAUGUAGAGGUCCAGGAGUUCUCGUUAUCCACUGUGAUACAGGAAGCCUUCACCGUAGCUCUCCUUGCCGUUAGCGGCACGUUUGCUCAAGAGGUUGCGCCCAAACUUGCUGAGGCUGGUAUCGUUGUAGUGGACAACAGUAGCGCAUUCCGAUACGAUAACUCGGUCCCCCUAGUUAUACCCGAGAUUAAUCCACAGGCAAUGCGGGGAACAAGCAUGCUCAUAGCGAACCCUAACUGCACCACAGCAAUAGCAGCUAUGGUCUUAUGGCCAUUACAUAAAGCCUUCCAAAUUAGACGGAUAAUAAUGUCGACAUACCAGGCAGCAUCAGGGGGUGGGGACGCCGCCUUGGAGGAGUUGGAGACCCAGUUGUGUGACUACGGUACGAGACCGUUGAAGACUCCCACCGUCUUCCCUCACCAACUGCUCGGUAAUGUGAUACCAAGGAUAGAUUCAGUCCAGUCUAAUGGGUACACUAAGGAGGAGAUGAAGGUUGUGUGGGAGACUCGAAAGAUAUUUGAUCAGCCAGACCUCCUCAUCAGCUGCACUGCUGUACGCGUGGCGACUACGAGGGCCCAUGCUGAGUCCAUCACGAUAGAGUUCGAGAAUACAAUAGAUAUCAAUAAAGCUACUGAUGCCCUAAAGGCUGCCCCCAUGGUGGUGGUCGAGGACGAUCCACAGAAUGAUGUGUAUCCAACCCCUCUCAAUUGCACUAGUAAGUUCGAGGUGUCCGUUGGACGUAUAAGAGAGUCCAUUGCAUUCCCCCAAGGGAAGAGUAUUGAACUAUUCGUGUGUGGAGAUCAGUUGUUACGAGGGGCUGCCUUGAAUGCUGUCCUCAUCGUGAAGGAAUUGGGCCGACAGAGAGGCUGGUUCUGA